AUGCCGGGGAUUGAACACGGGACCUCACACGUGCGAAGCAUGCGCUCGGCCACUGAGCUGGAUCCUCACCUGCCGGCAUCUGGGAUGAAUAGGCAAGCACAGCUUUGCUGCAAGAUGCCUGUCUGCCCCCUGAAAUCCAUUCUCCAGAUGGUCUCAAUUCUGUUGACGAAGGCCUCUUCAGCUGAUGUUGACUGCACUAAACACAAUCCCUUACCCAAACCCAUUCUGUCUCUGGAUCCACCAACGAGCGUUAUUCUACUGGGAGAAAAUAUUUCACUCGUCUGUCAUUUCCCUCUCACCCGCUGCAAUGUGGAUUUUUACAGAAAUCACAAAGAGCAAUUAACCUAUUUAAAUGAAGUAGAUUGCAUCGCCAAAGUGAUGCUUGAGGCAGAUAUAAAGUGGAAAGGUAAUAACGCCUACACCUGUGAAUAUCAAAAAUACUUCGAGAACAACAAGACCUGGGCAUGUUCCCCACACAGUGAUCCGGUGAUGCUAAUUGUAACAGAUAAACUUCCAAAGCCCACAUUCUCUAUAGAGCCGUUCUCUGGUGUGGUCACAGUGGGGGAACGAGUUCAGUUUAACUGCACCACCAGCUACCCAAGCCCCAUCGCCCACUUGUACAAGAAACAUGGCAGAACGCGUCUAGACACCCGGAAUGUCUCAGACUCACAACGGUCAGUCAUCUUGACCAUGAAAGAUCUCGAACCAGAGGAUAGUGGGGAAUACAGCUGCAGUUUUGAGAAAACGUUAAAAGGGCAAGUGUAUAAUUCAGAACGUAGUAACUUCGUGGAGGUCAAUGUUACCGAAAAACUUCCAAAGCCCACAGUCUCUAUAGAGCCUUUUUCUGGUGUGGUCACAGUGGGGGAACGAGUUCAGUUUAACUGCACCACCAGCUUCCCAAGCCCCAUCUUCCACUUGUACAAGAAACAUGGCAAAAAGCCUCUCGACACCCGGAAUGUCUCAGACUCACAACGGUCAGUCAUCUUGACCAUGAACGGUCUUGAACCAGAGGAUAGUGGGGAAUACAGCUGUGGUUUUGAGAAAAUGGUAAAAGGGAAAGUGUAUGAGUCAGAAAGUAGUAACUUCGUGGAGCUCAAUGUUAAUGAAAAACUUCCAAAGCCCACAGUCUCUAUAGAGCCUUUUUCUGGUGUGGUCACAGUGGGGGAACGAGUUCAGUUUAACUGCACCACCAGCUUCCCAAGCCCCAUCUUCCACUUGUACAAGAAACAUGGCAAAAAGCCUCUCGACACCCGGAAUGUCUCAGACUCACAACGGUCAGUCAUCUUGACCAUGAACGGUCUUGAACCAGAGGAUAGUGGGGAAUACAGCUGUGGUUUUGAGAAAAUGGUAAAAGGGAAAGUGUAUGAGUCAGAAAGUAGUAACUUCGUGGAGCUCAAUGUUAAUGAUAAACUUCCAAAGCCCACAGUCUCUAUACAGCCUGUGUCUGGUGUGGUCACAGUGGGGGAACGAGUUCAGUUUAACUGCACCACCAGCUACCCAAGCCCCAUCGCCCACUUGUACAAGAAACAUGGCAGAAUGCGUCUAGACACCCGGAAUGUCUCAGACUCACAACGGUCAGUCAUCUUGACCAUGAAAGAUCUUGAACCAGUGGAUAGUGGGGAAUACAGCUGCAGUUUUAUGAAAACGGUAAAAGGGAAAGUUUAUGAGUCCGAACGUAGUAACUUCAUGGAGGUCAGUGUUACCGCGACACUCCCCAGGGCCAACAUUUCUGUCAAUCCAUCCUCUGGUGUGGUCAGCAGAAAGUCGACCAUUCGUAUUACCUGCACGGGAUCCAUUCUGAACCCUGGCGGCUGCUUUCACUUAUACAGAGACGGUGAAGAGAAUGGGACACUGGACGUGUCUGGCCCACAGCAGUCCAUCACUUUCACCAUCAAUGACACCAACAUAGACGGGACGUGGGAUUACACCUGUAGUUAUUCCAGAACAGUGAAGAAGACACUUUAUCAGUCACCCGAAAGUGAUGCAGUGCAGGUCACUGUGAAAAGCGCAGGCAACACAGUGCUGAUCGUGAGUGUUUGUGUGGCCCUGAUGCUAAUCCUCAUACUCGGAGCACUUGCUGGAUACUUGUACAGGAAAAACAAUGCUUCAGUUCCUUCAUCGAACAAUAAUAAUGAAGACAAUGCGGUGGAGCCUGAUGUUCUCUACGCGUCCCUGAACCCUGCCGCUCUCAAUCGGAGAGUCGUCAAUCCCCACGCCCAGCCUCAGAGCUGGCCAGACAAUGAGGAGACCUGUGUCUACGCCGAGAUGAAGGUCCGAUAGGAUACAGGGGGACGGAGAGCAAGCGACCGAGGAGUGCCAGCCACACAAUGGCAAAAGAACGGCUUCAGUUCCACUCGAAACACGCACACGGCUCACUCAGGGUAUCUCGGAACCAAGGCACAACCUCAAAGUCAAAUAACAUCCACUGUCUAAAUCAUGGUUCCUGGCUUUUUAACGUUUAAUGUGCACAUUUAGUUAAUAAGGAAAUUAAAUCUCCCAGCCCACUGAUGCCCAGUAUGUAGGUUUUCUGGUUCCAGAGAAUGAUGGAUGCGCAGAAGGAGGCAGUUCAACCCUUCAAGCCUCUGCUAGCCCUUUGAAUGAGGGAGCCAAUCAGUCCCACUCCCCAUAGCUCUGCAAAUACUUCCCCUCCCUCACCACCCACUCCCCCAUCCCUCCCGCCAUCCCCCUUGGAAUUCUACCCCUUCUUGAUCAGUCAGUUCCUGGUCCCCAUGCUUCUGAAAAGAGGCACCUCCAGAGGGUGAGGAGGGAGAGUAACCAGGAUGGCUCCAAGGGAUGCGAGACCUUUAGCGACGGGGGUGAGAGGUGGGAGCGCCGGGAUGGUCCUCCUUGGAGCGAAGGAGAAUGAAGGGGAAAGAUCUGACGGAGAUGUGCGGGAUGAUGACAGUUUUGGACGAAGGAGACAAGGGAAAGCUCUUCCCGUUAGCUAAUGGGACAUGGACCAGAGGAGACAGGUUUAAGCUUUUAGACAAGUGACGUGGGGUGGUGGGGGACCUGAGAAAGAACUCGCUUACACCGCAGGUGGAUAUGAGCUGGAACUUGCUGCCCACGACGUUGGUGAAAGCACAAACAAUCAUUGCAAAAGAAAAUUGGAUAGAUAUUGCACGGGCAUAACCCUACAAGGCAAUUGGGAUAGAGUUAUCCUUUGGUACAUAAUCUUUCAUGGGAUGUGGGUGUCACUGGCCAGACCAACAUUAAUCGCCCAUCCCU